ACUAAAAAAAUUAAAAGUUUCAUUUUUCUCUACUGGAACCUUGUCAUGACAAUUGGCAUACAUUGCAUUAUUCAUAUGCUUCCAUAAAACAGUUUUAAAGGCCAUGAAGCAUCCAGAAAUUGAGAAGUAUUAUUUUCAUUUAAGUUGGUUCCGACAUGAAUUUGCUCAGCUGAGUUGAAUAAACAUGGCGAAUGUCGUAUUGUAGUUUCGUACAUGAAGUUUCGCCGAGAAUAUUUCUGUUGUAUUUUUGGAAGAGAGCAUCGUUUAUAGAGGUCAGUUUUUUAAGAGAAGUUGAUGAGUUCACCAGAGGACAUCCCCAGGACGAGUGGGACCGGCGGUGCCACUAGACGUAGAAGUCUGGGGUAUGAGGAAGAAAGUGGCAGUGAAACACAGACUGAAGGAGAGUCUUGGACAGUACAAUCACAAGACUUAGAUAUGAAGCGAGCAGCGGCCCAGCUAAUUGAAAAAUAUUACUUCCAGCUUACUGAUGGAUGUGGAAAUCCAAAUUGUGACAACCCCAAUUGUGCCUCAUCAGGGAAGGUUGGGCACUUGUCUAGUAAUGAAGCAGCAGGAGAGGCACUUAAACUAUGUGCAGCUCGUGCCAGACUUUGUGAGGCAGUAGGUGCCAAGGUUCCCAGGUCCAGUCAGUCGGUGACAGUAGCAACUAGAGUUGGCAAUGGCUCUGUGCAAGGGGAAAACUCUGUUACAGGAACUACUGUUUCUACAUCUUUAGUGCAGGAUGUUAAUAUGGCAUGUGCAUCUGCCCCAACUACACCCUUACCCCCCCUUUCUCCAUUAACAGAUGGGCCUAAUGAUACUCCAGGACUCACGGAAGCAGUUCUUGUCCAAACCAUCGCGGAGUGUCGCAACACAAAUAGUUAUGCAAAACUUAGACGUCUUCUGUGGGCUGUUUUUUCUAAUGAAGUGGCCUUAAGACGAAGCUUUUUGCAGAGUCCUAAACCAGAAGGAGAAAGUGCCAGUAGUCCUGCAUUUCCAAAUAAGAAUUCUCAGAGCACAGCAGCUCAAAGUAAAGAAGAGUUACGUGCUCAAGAAGGAGAUUUAGAUAAAGACUUUGAUUGUGCUGAAAUAGUUUGUGGUGGGGAAGGUGCUUCGUGUAGUUGUGAUAACCAUGGAAAGGGGCAGAAUAAAAAAUGUGUGGAAAGUUCUUUAAGACCAUUGACUCUUAAUAUAAGUGAAGUUCGACAAGCAUAUAGUUUUUUAUUUGAAUGUCCAGAGUCAGAAUUUGGGAGUACCCUGAUGAAUGCUAUUGUACAAUUACUAUCAGAUUCACUUAGUAUUCAGCUAAGAGCUCAUCGUGAAGCUUUUACUGCCAUACCUAAUAAUAUAAAUAUUUUCAUUAUUCUAUUAGAAAGCCCAGCAUUGAAUGCUACGGAUUAUAUUGAGGGAGUUAUGCCUAAGUUGUGUCGAACGAUAAGCCAGUUACCCAUCAAGGAUCAAGCUCUACUGACUGGUCAUCUUUCUACGUGGGAAGCUCCUCGAUUGCAUCGUCUUUUGGAAAGUCUUCAUCAGCUAAUUACCAUUAAACUUCUUACCACUGAAUUUUCAAGGGAUUUCACAAUCAAUGAUGAGGACAGCAUAACUUCAGCCACUCAGUUCAUGAAGCUUCAGUUUUAUGCCAAUAUAUUAGGUGGUGACUUAGAUUAUCCUUUACUGCAGGAUAUACCACCAGAAGAGGCAUCUGUUGAGGUUAUGCCUCUCCAUGAUGAUCCUUUCCUUAGUAUAAGUGGUGCUGGUAAAGAAUGGGAGUCCAGAGCUCCUCCCAGAGAUAGCCUUGGCACAGAGCUGGGCAUACAUGUAUUGGAUGCAAGGGUGCCGCUCAUACCUCUUUCAGAGUUUUACGAUGAUUUUCUCAGUGAUCAGCUUGAAAUGGAUCGAGAUUUUGCUUAUUAUAAAGCAGGUAGUGGUGAUAAAUUCAGUUUUCUUAAUUAUCCUUUCAUACUCACCCCAGCAACAAAGGCCUUAGGACUCUACUAUGAUAAUAGAAUCAGAAUGUACUCUGAGCGAAGAAUGAGCAUCUAUCAACAAGUGAUGGAGGGAAUGCCUGCUAAUCCAUAUUUGAAACUUAAGAUUAGAAGAGAUCAUAUUAUUGAUGAUGCCCUUGUUGAGCUUGAGAUGGUGGCCUUAGAAAACCCUGGAGAUCUUAAGAAACAAAUGGUUGUCGAGUUUGAGGGUGAGCAAGGAAUUGAUGAAGGUGGAGUUAGCAAAGAAUUUUUUCAACUCAUUAUUGAACAGAUUUUCAAUCCAGAUUACGCAAUGUUUUGCCUAAACAGUGAAACCCAGACAUUUUGGUUCAAUCCAAACUGUUUUGAGAGUGAUGCCCAGUUUACUUUAGUUGGCAUUGUUUUGGGCUUAGCUAUUUACAAUAAUGUGAUAUUAGAUGUACAUUUCCCACCUGUGAUGUACAAGAAGCUAUGUAAUAAACCUGGUUCCUUCCAUGAUCUUCGAGACUGGAAUACGACGUUGUAUAGAAGUCUUGUUGAGUUAAUGGAAUAUGAAGGUGACGAUAUGGAGGAUGUAUUUAUGCAGACGUUUCGCGUUGGGUAUCAAGAUGUAUUUGGUACCAGCCUUACACAUGAUCUCAAGACUGAUGGUGACAAUAUUGUUGUUAGCCAAUCUAGUAAGCAUGAAUUUGUUGAGCUCUAUGCAGAUUUUUUGCUGAACAAAAUGGUAGAGAGGCAGUUUCGUGCAUUUCGUCGAGGAUUUAAUAUGGUCACAGAUGACUCCCCUUUAGCCAAUCUCUUCAGGCCUGAAGAACUGGAAUUAUUAGUUUGUGGAUCUCAGCAUUAUGAUUUCAUGGAGCUAAUGAAGUCAACAGAGUAUGAUGGUGGAUAUAGUAGUGAGACAUCAAUAAUACAAGGAUUUUGGGAGCUUGUGCAUGAAAUGAGCACAGACGACAAGAAAAAAUUACUUCAAUUUACGACAGGUUCUGCUAGGGUUCCUGUUGGUGGUCUUUCUAAAUUAAAAUUAGUAAUAGCAAGACAUGGACCUGACUCUGACAGAUUACCAACAGCGCAUACGUGUUUUAAUGUUUUACUCCUGCCUGAGUACUCCAGUAAAGAAAAACUGAAAGAUCGUUUAUAUAAAGCCAUAAAGUAUUCACAAGGCUUUGGCAUGCUCUGAAGAAAAUUCUGUAGAUCCUGUUAAAUAUGUAGCCCAGAGAAUGGCAGCUCUUGGUGAAUAUGUAUCAGUUAUUUCAUACAGUUUCGUGGAUGUAAUUACUUGUUGUUGUGUCAUCCAGUUAUGCAGUGAAUGAAUCUAAUGAUUUUAUUGGCUAUCAUUUUUGAAAACUUCACAAACUCUAACCAAAGUUCAUUUUAAAGAUUUAUUGAUAGAGUAAAUUAGUGGUUUUUCUUCAAUUUUAUUUUGUGUACAGUGCUAGGGCAGUAUAGUCGUAAAUUUGUUUAUAAGGUACAGUAUACUUUCCUCUAUGAGAACAAAAUAGGAAUGGUUUUAAAUUUUUGUUCAUAGCACUCAGGCUUAAAAUCAGAUGCUUUUACAUAAAACCUUGUGACCAACACACUAGCCUUAAAACUAUGCUUCUUAAAAUCACGAGAUAUAACUUAUUUUCUUUGGUUACUACAUGUAGUACGGUAAUGUAUAUAAAUGUUAAUACAUAAGAAAUGAGGCUCAGUUUUAUGUACUUUAUUGUCUUUAGUAUUUUUGUAAAAGCUUGUUAUUUUUUCUUAAAACUGCUUAUGCAAGGAAAGUCUGAUGUAGAAAUCAGUUUUAAUGACAAAUUUAGUCACCAUCACACAUUCAGCAAUGGAUUUGCUGUUGAAAAUUUAUACUUUUUGUAUGUGAUAUUUCAUUAAUAAGUGUAAAUAAAUAUAAGAUUGA